GGAAAAUGGGCGGGGCAGCCUUCGAGCUCGGUCACGGAGGUUGUGGUGAACUUUGCCGGUGUUGAAAUCCUGCCGGACUAAAUCUGCCAAUAAUGGGUAGUGUUCUGGCUGCUGCCUCACCUAGUCCGACCCCGGCUGCGGCCGGAGGUGCUCAAGGAGUCCCGGGUAUGGUGUCUGUGCCUCCGGGGUUUACCAUGCCUCCAGUGUCUUCCGUCCCUUCUUCACCCGACCAACAGACAGCUGAUGCCGACUCAUCUCUUGCAAACCCUGGGACGUACGAGGAGUGUCACCGCAAAUGUAAAGAGGUCUUCCCGAUGCAGAUGGAAGGUGUGCGGUUAGUUGUGAAUAAGGGCCUCAGUAACCAUUUCCAAGUCAGCCAUACGAUUAAUCUGAGCACACUUGGGGACUCGGGUUAUCGAUUUGGCUCCACGUAUGUUGGCACGAAACAAACAGGACCAACCGAGUCAUUCCCAGUAAUGGUAGGAGAUAUGGACAACACAGGCAGCUUGAAUGCCCAGGUCAUCCAUCAGCUGACAUCUGCAGUGCGAUCUAAAGUGGCCAUCCAGACUCAACAGCAUAAGUUUGUGAACUGGCAGUGUGACAUGGAGUACCGUGGCCAAGACUUCACAUCUGCUGUGACACUUGGAAACCCGGAUCUUCUUGUUGGAUCUGGGAUUUUGGUGGCUCACUACCUCCAGUCCAUAACACCGGCAUUAGCUUUAGGCGGUGAGCUUGUUUACCACAGAAGACCAGGAGAAGAAGGGACGGUCACCUCCUUCCUCGGCCGAUACAACGGUGACAACUAUGUGGCAACGCUGACUUUAGGAGGAGCAGGAGCCCAUGCAACGUACUAUCACAAAGCCAAUGAUCAGUUGCAGUUAGGCGUUGAAUUUGAGGCCAGUACAAGAAUGCAGGACACCACGACGUCUUUUGGCUACCAGCUGGACCUUCCUAAGGCGAACUUGCUAUUCAAAGGCACCAUUGACAGUAAUUGGGUAGUUGGGGCAACACUCGAAAAGAAACUCCCCCCACUGCCUCUCACAUUGGCCCUGGGGGCAUUUCUCAACCACCGCAAAAACAAGUUCCAGUGUGGAUUCGGUGUCACCAUUGGCUAAAGAGCUGGAGCCAUCUGCUCACAUACCACAGCUUGGACCGGUACAGAGACACACAGGGACCUGGACUGAGUUUUAAACAUUGAAUUCAGAGACUCUUCUCAGUCCUGUGAUGUCUGUGGCAGACAGAGAGACAGACAAAGGAGCCGGGACGGGCCAAGCCAUGCCUACAUUCUGUAGCACACAUGUCUUUACUUUACGCUGUUUUGAAACAAAUAAAAAUAAAACCAACAGGCUAAGAGCGAUCUAUAUUGGAACGCGUCCGGUUGAUGCAUGGGGUCCUGAUAUGAAAAUCAAACGUUCGUUGUUAGACGUAAUAUAUGGUGGUCAUGUAUGAUGGAUGAAAAUAAAUGUGAUUACGUUUUGUAAACUGGUCAAACUCAUCAAUGAUCAAGCCUUAUACAGUGGUGCAAAUAUUCAUCAGUUACAGUCCAGCACAUGUUUAA